CUCCCGCGCGCGCGCGCUCUCGCUGGAGAUGGAGCCCCGUGGCGAUCUCCGCUUCUCGAUCCUGCGCGUUUUCGUCUAUUUGUUCUGCUUUUUCGAUGGAUUUUGGAGUUCCAGAGGUUCUAAUCCUUGGUUUUUUCUCUUUGGGAGUUGUUUGAUUGGUUGUUUGUUGAGUUUUUGGGGUUGGAUCGGUGAAGAUAACAUUUCAGCAGGUUUUUACACUGAGGAUUAUACAUAAGAAGGAAAGCGGGACAGAGAGAAACAAAAGGUGGAAGUGAAAGAGAUGGCUAAUCUAGAAGGUGAAGAGAAUUACAAGGAGGCAGUUGAGGAAGGAGAAAAGGGAAAGGAGGAAGCUUCAUCUUCUACUGUCAUUGGUCUCCGGCGAUAUGAUUCCCUGGAUAUCGAAGCAGCUAAAUUCACUUCUGAGCGCUCGUCCAAGAAUGAAGAUUGGGGAAAGAUUAUGGCACUGGCUUUCCAAAGCUUGGGUGUUGUGUACGGAGAUUUAGGAACUUCACCUCUAUAUGUUAUAUCAAGCAUCUUCACUGAUGGCAUUAAGCACAAAGAUGAUAUCCUUGGUGUGCUCUCUCUCAUCUACUACACCAUCACCUUGAUCCCCCUUGUCAAGUAUGUUCUCAUUGUUCUUCAGGCCACUGAUAACGGACAUGGUGGCACAUUUGCAUUAUACUCAUUGAUAUGUAGACACAGUGAAGUGGGCUUGAUCCCAAGCCAACAAGCAGAAGAUGGAGAGGUUUCUAACUUUAAACUAGAGUUGCCAAACAAUCGUUCUGAGAGAGCUUCAAAGAUAAAGACAGCUCUAGAGAGCACAAUGUUCGCCAAAUACUUCCUUUUGAUUUUCACCAUGCUUGGGACUGCCAUGGUGAUUGGGGAUGGAAUUCUCACUCCUUGUAUUUCAGUUCUAUCAGCUGUGUCUGGUUUACAGCAGGCUGGCAGUACCUUGAACGAAGAUAAAAUGGCUUGGAUAUCAGUUGCCAUAUUGAUCUUGCUAUUCAUGUUACAACGUUUUGGUACUGACAAGGUGGGCUACUCCUUUGCUCCUAUCAUCACCGUAUGGUUUAUCAGCAUUACAGGCAUAGGCAUCUUCAACUUUUUCAAGUACGAUCCUUGGGUGUUCAAGGCUGUCAAUCCAAUGUACAUUGUUGAUUACUUCAGAAGGAAUGGGAAGGCUGCUUGGGUUUCUCUUGGUGGCGUUGUUCUUUGCGUCACCGGGGUGGAGGCAUUGUUUGCUGAUGUUGGUCAUUUCUCAGUAAAGUCCAUUCAAGUCAGCAUGUGUGGCCUUGUUUAUCCUUCCCUUAUCUUUGCAUAUACUGGCCAAGCCUCUUAUCUAAGGGAGAAUAUGGGUGAUGUUGCUAGUAUCUUCUACAAGUCCAUACCUAAGUCUUUGUACUGGCCUAUGUUUGUUGUGUCUGUCUUGGCGGCAAUCAUCGCUAGCCAAGCAAUGAUCUCUGGUACAUUCUCCAUCAUUCAGCAGUCUCUGUACUUAGGGUGCUUUCCUAGAGUGAAGAUAGUUCAGACAUCAACCAAGUAUGAAGGCCAAGUAUAUAUACCAGAGAUGAACUACAUUAUAAUGAUAAUGUGUGUUUUGAUCACUCUUGGGUUCAAGAACACUGUAAAGAUUGGCAAUGCUUACGGGAUUGCAGUGGUGUUUGUGAUGACCCUGACUUCAGGAUACAUGGUGCUUAUUAUGCUCAUGAUAUGGAAACUAAGCAUCAUUAAUGUCAUUCUUUACGUCCUUGUGUUUGGAUCCAUGGAGCUUGUCUACUUGAGCUCAGUGCUUUACAAGUUUAUCGAUGGAGGCUACAUUCCAAUAGGAUUUGCAGUCUUUCUAGUCGCCGUAAUGCUCAUAUGGAACUAUGUCUACCGGAUGAAGUACAUGUACGAGAUGGAAAACAGAGUACCGACCGAAAAGGUGACAGAGAUUGUCUCUGAUCCUAGCUUGCAAAGAAUCCCCGGUUUUGGCUUCUUCUACUCAGAACUUGUCAAGGGAAUACCUCCAAUCUUCAACCACUACAUUGCUAAUGUCCCUGCAUUACACUCAGUGCUUGUCUUCGUCUCGGUGAAGUCAUUGCCAAUAAGUAGAGUACCAAGCGAUGAGCGAUUUCUUUUCAGGCGUGUCGGACCCCGUGAGCUCUUCCUUUUCCGGUGUAUCGCAAGGUAUGGAUACAAAGAAUUGAGAAGCAAUGAGCAGGAGACAUUUGAGUUUCUUUUGGUGCAAGGACUCAAGGACUUCAUAAAACAAGAGACUAUUAAUAUGAAUCCACAGAUCGAUGAGGAUUUGGAGGUUGUCGAGAGGGAGAUGAAGAAAGGAGUAAUUCAUUUGUUCGGUGAGAGUGAAGUAGUCGCAAGACGUGAUUCAAAUUGGUUGAAGACGAUUAUUAUCGACUAUGGUUACAACUGUUUGAAGAGGAACACAAGACAACAAAAUGAAGUUUUCACAAUUCCUCACCAUCGUUUGUUGAAGGUGGGGAUGAACGUCGAGCUUUGAAUCUCAAUGUAGCUUCUCUUGUUGUAUUUCGAUCCAAUUUUACAUCUUGAGAUGCGAUUCCUGAUCGAUCACAGGUUUCAAGAAACCGAUCUAUGCAAUUAUUUCUUUUUGUUUCGAUUCUGAUUGUUCAAUAAUGUGCAAGAGUUUACAGUCGGAACUUUUCAUUUGUUACUCAGGAUGUAUAAUUCUUUUGAUCGUUGAAAGCAUUUAGUUUUUGCUUUUGAA